AUGUGCACAUUGAAACUAGGUCGUUAUUUUGGGUUUAUAUUUAUUUGUUUUGCAAUCAUUCAUAGCAUUGCGCUUGGGUCUUCUUAUGGUAUUCAGCCAACAUUAGGAUGUAUCAUAUCGGAUCAUACAUGGAUUCAGUACUCAACAUAUUUCUUUUAUCCAGUUUUAUUUGGGUUUCUACCUGUUGUAACUGCAUCAUCAUUUAGUAUGUUAGCUUAUCAUAAUGUUCGUCAUAUAGUUCGACGGCAAUUACCCAUUCUUCGUCGUAAACUAGACAAACAAAUAACAGCAAUGGUUCUUAUGCGUGUAAUUGCGUUCGUUUGUUUGACACUACCUAAUACUGCUUAUCGUAUCUAUUCCAUUAAUUUUCCUAUACCACCAAGUACACCUAUGGCAUAUGCAAUUGGUAGGUUGCUUCAAACAAUUCUUCUUUCUAUCAAUAAUAUAAAUUAUAUGAUCAACUUUUAUAUUUUUAUAAUAUUCUCACCACGCUUUCGUCGUCAAGUGAAAAUUGUUCUAGUGAAAAAAUAUUGGCAACGAUGGAAAUAUUGGUGUUGUCACACAAAUAAUCGAAUUGAACCUUUCAAUAUUGAACCACGCAAUUCACAAGUGGAAUCUGAAGAAAAUAUUUAA